AAUACACGUGGCACGUUUUGGUCACCUGACCAGUGACGUGUUUCCAGCGGAGCAUGUGACCAAGUGAGGAGCCUGCUCGAGUCUCAACAUGCUAACAGAAGAUAACAAUGAUGAAGACGUGUCCCUGUUUGACGCAGAGGAGGACGCAGGGAAGUCAAAGAAGAAGAAUAUUAAGCAUCCACUGGCCUCCUUCUUCCACCUCUUCUUCAGAGUCAGUGCCGUCUUCGUGUACCUGCUCUGUGGGCUUUUCAGCAGCAGUUUCAUCGCCUGCAUGGUCACAAUAAUCCUUCUCCUGUCAUGUGACUUCUGGACAGUGAAAAACAUCACUGGGAGGUUGAUGGUUGGUCUGAGGUGGUGGAACCAGGUGGACGACGAUGGACGCAGCCACUGGGUGUUUGAGUCCAGGAAGGGGAAGAAACAGGCGUCAGAUUCUGAGUCACGAAUCUUCUGGAUCGGACUGAUUGUUUGUCCGGUCCUCUGGGUUGUCUUCGCUUUCAGCACCCUCUUUUCCUUUAAGAUCAAAUGGGUGCCGGUGGUGAUCAUGGGAGUGGUGCUGCAAGGGGCCAACCUCUACGGUUACGUUCGGUGUAAAGUGGGAGGCAAGACCAGCUUAAAGAACAUGGCCACAAAUUAUUUUGGACGACAGUUCCUCAAACAGGCGCUGUCUAAAGAAGAGGAAUCGUAGAGUGAAGCUCUGCGAUUUUUAGCGUGUUGCAUUAUUCUUAAUGCUUUUAUAUAUAUUCUUUAAGCGGGUUAAUAUAUAGAAAGAAAUCUUUUUGCAACAUGAACAUAAAACUAACAGUUUUUGUGUUUAUUUUCUUCUUUUUCAUGUAUUGUUUGACUCAAUCAGUCCCUGAGGAGAGUCUUUGUUUUCCACAGAGACGUCUGGUAGCUGUUUCCAAUAACUGCAGCCCAGCAAUAAAACCCUCAGACUUUAACUGAUACUUUAGCGUAAAUGCACGAGUGGAAAAAGGGUGUAAUUGUUUGAAAAGUUGAACUGACUGUAGUUUGAAGUGUCAUGAGGCCUCACUGCUCCCUGAGGUUUCUCAUUUAGUUUCUUUUCCUCUUAACUUUAAUCUUUAUAAAAGUAAAAACAAUGAUCUUCAUGAGAGGUAUUGUACAAACGUUUUGUUUGUAUAAUAGAAAAGGUGGUAGUUGUGUAAAGUAUUCCAGGAGCUUGUAAAUAUGUAUGUAAAGAAUGUGGAACCUCUUCUUUUGUGCAAAUACAUUUGUAACAUUUUUUCCGAA